AUGAGUCUCAACCCAUCUUCUUUUGUUCUCGGUGCCAGAUCAGAGCCAAGUGGAGAAGGAGAGGUGGCAUUCGGAGAGGCAAGUAGGUCCUCCUUUCCUUGUUCUGGUCCUGGCUGCAGCUUUGUACCUCCUGUCUCCUGCAGCCCCCUUGGCCAGCAUCAUGAUUCCACCCGCUUCCGUCAGCUGUUAUGUCCAGACCCUUCUUGUGAGGUGUGCAAUAAUGCAACCACUGAGAUGGAUCAGCUGCUGUUCUCACUGGCCCAGGAGGAUGCUGCUCUCUCUGUGCCCCCACUGGCUUCCAUAGCUCCUGUGACUGAGCCUUCAUUCACUGAGUUUCCUGCCUUCUCAGCAGUCCCUCCAGGAGACCUAAUACCACCUCCUCUGCCAGAGCCUUUCCCACCACGCCCCUCCAUUGUCUCCCCUAACCCAGUGACUCCAUUAGGUGAUUUUCCAUCACCGUCACCACCGGUUCAAUCUCUGCCACCAGCGCCUUUUCCUUCCUUGGUGUCUGAAAUGUCAGUGAAACAUUCCACACCUCACACCCUUGACUUUCCCUCUCUGCCACCACAUGAUAGUCAGACUGUGGAAACCCCUCUGACCCUGAAUACCAUCUUUCUUGACUCCUCCAUUACCCAACACAUCAGCCCCACACCAGACUUGGUCCAGACAGUGAAUCCCACAGGAUCAGUUAGUUAUAACCAGGUACCACCAACCUUGCCUGUUUCACCACGACCAGACUGCAGUUCAACUGUGAUUCAACCUAAGUCAGUUUACAUCUCCUCAAAGCCUGCUCUGGAGAACUCAUCUCCAGAUGGUACUGGUGCAUUGUCCACUCAGGUCCUGCAAGGUACUGAGCAUCCAAGACUGUCAACUUCAAACUUUUCCUGUCAGAAAGCUCAUGCAAAAGACCCAUUGCCUUCUACCUUUUCCUCAGAUAAGGAUGUAGAGUAUGACUCUGAGAAAGACCCAUGCAGUUCCAUGAUGAGUCUGUUAGGGCAGAGUCUAAGUCAGAGGAAACUAGAAAAUGCUCUGAAAGUACAUUUGAGCAAGAAAUUUGAGGAAAUCAGUGAGAAUCGUGUCCCUGCAACUGUGCAGAGUUCAUGGCACACUAUCAAGCAGUCUUCCCUGACUCAAGCUCAUGGUGCCUCCAGUGUGGACAUGGGAGCUUCCCAGAUGCAUGUCGAUCUGGAGGACCGAAGAGGUGCCUCCAGUGUGGACACAGGAGCUUCCCAGGUGCUGUAUGUCCAUCUGGAGGACGGAGUCAGUAUGGAGCAGCGGCAGGAGCCUUGGGUCCCUGAGCAGGUAUUAAGCUUGUGCCAGGGUAAGAAGUUCCCAACAGCUGCAAAGAAGUUUAUGGCUCAAAGGCUUCUGCUCCAGCCUCCUAUAAGAUGUCUUUGCUUCUACCUUCAUUACUCCCCUGGUUUCUCAGGUUGGAAAUCUUGCCAGAGCGAAGAAGAGGAGGCAAGGAAGGUUCUUUCUCUUCUGCAAAGCCCCCUAGGCCAGCAUCAUGAUACCAUCCGCUUCCGUCAGCUGUUAUGUCCAGACCCCUCCUGUGAGGUGUGUAAUAAUGCAACUGCUGAAGUCAAUCGGCUGCUGUUCCCAGAGGCCCUGGAAGAUGCUACUAGUUUGACUUCCACAGCUUCUGGUACUAAGUCAUUAUCCUCUCUGUCUCCUACCUUCUCAGUAGUCCCACCAAGAGACCCAAUCCCCAUCCCUCUGACUGAGCCUUUCCCACCACAACUCCAUAUUUUCUCCCCUAAUCCAAUGACCCCCUUAGCUGACUUUGUUUCACCUUCAGCACUGGGUACUCUGCCACCAGAACCUUUUUCUACCUUGGAAUCCAAAUUUCUAGUAGGCCAUUUCCCACCCCAACCCUUUGCCUAUAUCUCUCUCUCACCCCAUGACACUCAGAGAACAGGUUCUAUUAUCUACCAAGAAUCCACUUUGUUUCUGAAUACCAUCUUCUCAAGUGAUCCCACACUUACUCAAGUUAUCAACUCCUUACCAGGUUUGUCAGAAACAAUGAAGCCUACUGAUUCAUUUGGUUGUCAACAUGUCCCACCGGUGCUGUCUGUUUCAAUACCACCAGACUGCCCUUCCACUGUGACUCAAUCAAAAUCAAUUGUCACUUCAUUGAAGCCUGUUGCAGAGGACUCAUCUCCAGGAAGUCCUGGUCCAUUGUCCAGUCAUGUCCCAAUAUUCAGAGACUCUGACCUUUCAAACCUAUUAAUAUCAAACAUUUCUUGUUGGCAGACUUUUGCCAAGAACAUGUUUCUCCCCACAUUAUCACACUCUCAUUUUCAGCAAGAGCAUGUUUUCCUCCAUCUACCAGAGACCUGUCUCUGGGGAGACUCUGUUUCAAAGCACACGGAGGCCAGUAGCCAUUCUUUCCUAGGCCUUAACAUCCAGGCACUCCUGGAGGGUAAAGUAAAAAAGAGAAAGAUUUUAGAGAAGAAAAAAAGUGAGGCGGGACCAUUUUCAACACAAAUGUGGUCAGAAUACCAACGGAUGUCUUCAGGGAAUUCAUCUCAACCACCUGAUACACAGGAUGCCACAGUCCCCCAGACUGGCUGGAACAUUGAAGACAAACCAGAGCAGCUGUGUAAUAGCCAGCAGCUCUUGUAUGUCAAGACUUUGGAGAAAAACUUGCAGCAGAAAUAUAGCCAGCUCUUCUGGGGUCCUCCCUCUUUGCACAGUGAGUCCCUGGUGGCUGCUCUUCUGGUUUCUAGAAGUAGUUCCCCACUAGAGACCCGUUUUGUUCUAUUCAAUGGAAUCUGUAAUGCAUCUACAGUCAAAAUGCAGCAACAAGAAUCUCCACUACUUCCUCAUUUCCAUCUCCUUCCUCUACUCAAUGUAGACUCUCAACAUUUGCCUCAAAAUAAGCCCCAGCCACAAUCUUUCACUCAGGUGCAGCAUCAACCCCACUUUCAAACCCAACUCCCAAUCCAAUCACCUUCUCCGUUCCAGAUUAGAGACUGUGUAGAGCCUAUCCAUAGACCCCAGAAUGAAUCAGGCUCUAAUAUCUUGAGUGAAAAUCAACACCUGGAAUGCCACACAUUGCAGAAGCAACAGGAAAGUUUGCAGGAUUCAGCCCCUGUUCUCCAAAAAUCACAAGAGGCCACUUGUCCUCAAGCUCCCAACCUUCCAUUGGUCAGCCAGUCAUCCCAUGCCUAUGCACCAGCCUCUAUCCUCCCUGGCCAUUUCUGUAUCACCAAUGAGCCUCAGGAGAAACUGCAGCUCUAUGCUCCAAGGAGGUUAAUUCCACCCUGGUGCCCUCAUGCCGGUAGGAAUGUAGAGCCUUUAGCACUGAUGGCACCUCAGUAUAAGUUAACAGAAACCUCUCAACAGAAAGGCAGUCAUGCUCACUUACAAUUCUCUGACCUUCAGGGGCAGUGUAGUAAGUCUCUAGGCAAGGGUGAACUGAGUUUCCCAGGAAGUUUCUGUGAGGGGGAUCCACACAAAUGUCAGCUAAGAGAGGAAGUGAAGCGAAAUCUUGGGUAUAUCCUAGAGAAGAGCCCAGAAGACAGCCCACAAAUGGUCUCAGAAUGCUACCUAGUGAAGGGUCUCAGGGCUGCCUCAGGGAUAAAAAAUAACUGCGUAUGUCACUCAACAAGUCACUUGGGGAAUGAAUUAAUAAAUGUCUUGAGGAAGGACAUAGACCAGAAUCAAACGAAAAUCAUUCUUAGGUUACAUUUGAGCAAGAAGUCUUGGCAGAUCACUGAGGGUAGGAUCCCUAUAUGUGUGUGUCGUUCAUGGCUGGCUGAGGACAACACAUUGCUUUCUUCUGGGAGUUACCAGACCAAUUUGGAAAAUAUGCAUUCAAAAACCACAAUGAUUGGUAGAGUCUACUGCCAGAUUACCACUCUGGAGCUUCCUUUUCUUGAUUCCAGCACGCAACAGGCACUCGAAACCCAUAUUAUAAGAUUUCGUGUGAGUCAGAGGUGGGGCCUCCCACUGAAGGUUGUCAAAUCUAUUAAAUUAUAUAAACUGAGAGAAGCCAAAACAUGGCCUCUUCCCCAAUUCCCUUUCUCAGGCACCCAUAUUUCUGCGGUAGUUGCCAAAGCUGAGGUUUCCAAGCCUCUUGAGGGAACUUCCAAAACUUUUCAGGGAGACAAUCUGAGAACAAUAAAUUCAGUUUCCAUCCUGGAUUGUCCUCUGGAUUCCUCAUAUGUACACAGUGAAAGACAGAGAGUCCAGAACAUAUCACACACUGAUAUGGAACAUAAGCUUACAGAGAAUGUCCAGACAAUUUUACAUGGCAGGCAGACUUUUCAGCUUCUUACACACAGCACCAUAGACAAAGGGAGUCAGAGUAAGACUUUACUGUACAAUAGAUGCAGCCCAGAGAUGCCCAGAAAGCAAGCUGGAGCUGGACAUGAGCCAAGGUAUGAGAAUGUGGAUUCCAAUGAUAGAGCAGAAAUGAUUCAGAGCCAAAAGACAGUGGAGAAAAAUUUAGAACAUUCUUGCAACUCUAGCAUGUUUAGGGAGAUAUUCAACGCCCAGGAGCUGCAUGCUCUUAAAUCACCAUCUUGUGACAUCUUGACAGCCCAGGAGUUUGGAGGCCCCCAAAUGAUAAAUGCCAAUAUGAGUAAAGAAGAAUCUACCCUGACCACUGAAUGUCCCUUAUCAAAAAUAUCAGACCCCCAAGAUUCUAAAAUAUUAAACCCGAAAAAACAGGUCCUUGGUGAGUUUACUUCAGAUCGCUUGCUUUGCACGUCCUCACUGAAUCCAUCCCAGGGCAUCUCCAGUGGGGACAUGGGAGCUUCCCAGGGUCCUCAUGUCCACUUUGAGGACAGUGGGAUCAGCCCAGAGCUGAGGCAGGAGUCCCAGGUCUCCAAGCAUGUUUUAUGGGGGUGUCAGGAUAACCACUUUCCACUAACUGAAAAGGAACUGAGAACCAUGGGCUCUAAAGCAAAAGAAUGGGGAAGUGAGGAUUCAAGUGUAAGGACACCUAAAGCUGGAAAGAAGAGCCACCCUAUUAAGAACAGAGAAUUAGAGGGCAGUUUCACAUCUCUGUCACAGGAUGAACAGUUUCCUCCUGAUAGUUAUUUCAGAAAAAAGAUGAGGCAAUUUUGUCAGUGGAUCAAUCCCAAGAGAAAAAUCAAAGGGCUGGAAACUCCCCAGCAAAUUGCCAAGUUCAUGUCAACCUUUGCACAGAAACAUGACUCAGCUGAAAGUGAAGAUAUCUUUUUGAGUUGUGAGCUUCCUGAAGCUCGUGAGCUCGUGACAACCAUUGGGAAGAUCCUAGAAAAGAAAUUCGCAGGUAGUCAUGAACUUGAGGCCUUGAAGUUAAGUCAACAGAAGUAG